UGCCCUGCUGACACCCUGCUUCUCCUGCCCUCCCCCGAACUCUGCCCCCCCGCCCCCUGUCCCAUUUGGGUCUCAGUGCUGCCGGCGGUGGAUUGGAGCACUCUGAUUGGAGGCUUUGCGAGGUGGUUUUUCGGUCUGGCGCCGCCUCCCCCCGGGGCCGGCGUGCGCUCCCAGCAGCCCGUGGUGCCCUGCGCCCCCCCCUCCCCGUCACUGCACACCAGAGCCAAUGCCCCGGGAGGAGUCGUGGUGCGUCCUCCAGGAGCCAUGUGCCUCCCUCACACCAACAACAUGGACAGCAAGCUACAGGGGACGGGGACGGGGGGAGGGGCUUCACUUCGAUCACGAGGAGGAGGCGUUCCACUGGAGCCCUUCAUACACCAGGUGGGGGGUCACACCAGUAUGAUGCGCUACGAUGACCACACAGUGUGUAAGCCUCUAAUCAGCAGAGAGCAGCGCUUCUACGAGUCUCUGCCUCCAGAGAUGAAGGAGUUCACUCCGGAGUAUAAAGGUGUGGUGCUGGUGUGUUUCGAGGGCGACUCCGACGGCUACAUCAACUUGGUAGCUUACCCUUAUGGAGAGAGCAACAUGGAGGGAGGGGCCGGAGAGCACGAGGAGCGCGAUCCCCCUGAGAGGGAACAGCCGAGGAGGAAACACUCCCGCCGCAGCCUCCAUCGAUCAUCCUCCACCUCAGACCACAAGGAGGAGCGGGCAGACAGGAGGGAGGCGCAUGACACAGACUCCUCUGAUAAUCUUGGAGAGCUGAAGAGUCCCAGACUCGACCCAAAGAUCCACUCAGACGUCCCCUUCCAGAUGUUGGACUGGAACAGCGGUUUGAGUUCGGAGAAGAUCAGCCACAACCCCUGGAGCCUCCGCUGCCACAAACAGCAGCUCAGUCGCAUGAGGUCCGAAUCAAAGGACCGCAAACUCUUCACGUUUCUACCAGAGUUCCUUUUGUUGGAGAAUGUGGUUCACCACUUCUCUUACCCCUGCAUCCUGGACCUGAAGAUGGGCACCAGGCAGCACGGAGACGACGCCUCCGAGGAGAAGGCAGCCAGGCAGAUGAAGAAAUGUGAACAGAGCACUUCAGCGACGCUUGGAGUCAGAGUGUGUGGCAUGCAGGUGUACCAGCUGAGCACCGGUCACUACCUCUGCAGGAACAAGUACUACGGCCGCGGCCUGACGAUCGAGGGCUUCCGCCAGGCGCUCUACCAGUACAUGCACAACGGCAAAGGCCUGAGGCCGGACCUCUUUGAGCCGAUCCUGAAUAAGCUUCGCAGCCUGAAGACGGUGCUGGAGAGGCAGGCGUCGUAUCGCUUCUACUCGUCGUCACUGCUCAUCAUCUAUGAGGGAAAGGAACCGGAGGGCCCUUCAGUCCUCGGCUCUGGGCAGCAUUCAUCCUGGCAGAAGACCCCCGCGGCCCCCGCAGAGUCCCACUGUGUCCCCGGCCCGCACGCGCCUCCAUUCCCCGACGCCCCCUGUGAAACGGACAUGAGUCAGAACCCGGGGCCUCCGCCCUCUCAGGGACCUGGGCUGACGGCUCCGCCCCCUCCUUCGUCUCAUCCUCCCCCACAGGCCCCGCCCACCAAGUCAGACUGCCACUCCUUCCUGCCCCCGCCCCCCUCGCCUCGCCCCCAUCCAGACUCCUCCGUGCCCUCUCCCGUUUUAAACCCCUUCCCGCCUCCCCCCGUGCCCCAGCCCCAGCAGCCCCCCCUGGUGGACGUUCGUAUGAUCGACUUCGCCCACUCCACCUUUAAGGGUUUCCGCGGCGACACGGCGGUGCACGACGGGCCGGACCGGGGCUAUGUGUUCGGACUGGAGAGCCUGAUCGAGAUCCUGGAGGGCCUGCAGGAAGACAACCUGCCAUAGUCCUGAACACACACACACACACACACACGGACACACGAACACACAGACACACACACACGG